CCCUCGGUAACAAGGCGCUCGCAUUAGAACAUGGCUCUUAUUAUGUGCAAAAAAUAAAACAAAAUUUUCGAUCAACAGACCGUUCUCAGUCUCAGCACACUGUCGUUUCCCUGAAUCAUCGCCAUUUCUGAUUUCACUAGAAACCCCCUCCCAAAGAUUCUGAUUUUCAUGGAAUUAGGGUUAGGGUUUUAGCAUUUUGCGCGCGCACUAAAAUAAAGGGAAAGAAUGAGGCAGCCAUAUAACUACAAUCACCAGGUUCAUCAAUCUCAAAGAAGUGCAUUUGCCGCGCUUUUCCUUGUUCUCUUGCCAAUUUUUUUCCCAAAUCUCUUCGCCCCUCUGGGACGCGCCUCUCCCUCUUUGUUCUCCGAAUGGAAUGCUCCGAAACCAAGGCACUUGUCUUUACUUGAGGUCGCUUUACAUUGGAAAACCCCGAUUAAACAACUGUUCGAUCUCUGGUCUCCCUUGCCAAAUCAAGGAUGGAAACCUUGCAUCGACUCUGCCGAUACCCCAUCACUGCCAGAGAGAUCUCAGGGGUAUAUUCAGGUAUUUCUUGAUGGAGGAUUGAACCAGCAAAGAAUGGGGAUAUGUGAUGCAGUUGCUGUCGCUAAAAUAUUGAAUGCGACACUGGUGAUACCGCACCUUGAAGUCAAUCCUGUUUGGCAAGAUUCAAGUUCAUUCACAGAUAUAUUUGAUGUGGAUCACUUUAUCAAUGUCCUUCGAGAUGAAGUUUCUAUAGUUAAAGAGUUGCCUACAGAAUAUUCUUGGAGCUCACGGGAAUAUUAUGCUACAGGUAUAAGAGCUACUAGAAUCAAAACAGCACCUGUUCAUGCUUCAGCUGACUGGUAUCUGGAAAAUGUGUUGCCUGUUAUGCAAAGUUAUGGGAUUGCUGCUAUAUCGCCAUUCUCCCAUCGUCUAGCGUUUGACAAGUUGCCUGUGGAAAUCCAACAUUUACGUUGUAAAGUAAACUUCGAAGCUUUAGCUUUUGUUCCUCGGAUAAGAUUAAUUGGAGAGACCCUUGUUAAUCGACUCCGUGAUCCUUCUGGGAAGCUUCAAGCAUCAGGCACUGCAGUUCUACGAGAGAGAACAGAUGAUACAGAGAAAGAGAGAGCUGGAAAGUUUGUUGUAUUACAUCUUCGCUUUGACAAAGACAUGGCUGCUCAUUCAGCUUGCGAUUUUGGUGGAGGCAAAGCUGAGAAACUGGCCCUAGCUAAAUAUCGCCAAGUUUUAUGGCAGGGAAGGGUUUUAAACUCUCAAUUCACUGAUCAUGAGCUGAGAAAUCAAGGGCGGUGCCCAUUGACUCCGGAGGAAAUUGGAUUGCUGCUAACUGCUUUGGGCUUCAACAAUAAUACUCACCUCUAUCUUGCUUCACACAAAGUUUAUGGAGGAGAGGCAAGGAUCUCAACAUUGCGUACAAUGUUUCCCCUCAUGGAAGAUAAGAAGAGCCUUGCUUCAGCGAUUGAGCUUGCUGAGGUUGAAGGUAAGGCUUCUUUGAUGGCUGCUGUUGAUUAUUAUGUGAGCCUUAAAAGUGACAUCUUCAUCUCUGCUUCUCCUGGAAACAUGCACAAUGCUCUGCUUGGACAUCGAGCUUACUUGAACUUGAAAACCAUUCGACCGAACAUGUUACUGCUGGGCCCACUAUUCCUGAACAAAACCAUAGAGUGGUCAGAGUUUCAGCAUGCGGUUAUCAAUGGACAUAAAAAUAGGCAAGGCCAAAUGAGGUUAAGAAAGGAGAAGCAAUCUAUAUAUACAUAUCCAGCCCCAGAUUGCAUGUGUAGAGCUUAAACUUCGUAAACUUUAUGGUAUGAAGCUAUUUUAUGUGUCUUUUCUGUUUCACAUAUUUUUUGAUAUUUUUCAUCGUGCUUUUUUUAACCCGGAUGAGUUUUUACGGCAUUAAAAUCAAAUGAUCAUGUAUUUUUUAUACUCUGUUUUGCACACUUGCUGAGAGUAUAGGUCGAGGAAGUGAUAAUAUUCUGAAUUAUUCGAGGAUUCUGUUGAUGCAUAAGGAAAACCAACCUAAAUUCUUUUAUUUAUUUAAUAAUUUUCAGUUAGCAGUUAUUUA